AUGUCCAUAUCAUACCGUGAUUGGGGUGGUUUGCAGAGGAGAUUGAACCCGCGCAGAAUGGGAUCUGGUGGGGUUGCUAGGGAGAAUCGGAUGUCGCAGGAGAAGGCGACGAGGGGGGUCGCGUGGAAGCGGGGAACGGGGAUAGAUCACAGGGACGGAGCGGGAGGGAUAGAGCAACGAGUGAAGGUCGUCGGGAUCGCUGGAGGAACGGGGACAGAGGGGGAAGAUGGUCGUUUCGCGAGCUCUUUGACCAUUGAGGGCAUUUCCAGCAUGCUGCUCCUUGUCAUUGGACACUUUCAAUCGAUAUUUCGACCAAUCCACCAAUCCUCCACACUUUCCUGCAAAAAGUCUCACGGAGGCAAUCCGAAGAGGGGUAAUGGCCACAUUCACAUGACUGCACUGCAAGCAUUCCCCGGCAUAAAUCCCGAACCGGGAACCCGUCGAGAUGCUGCAUUAAAUCGCAAUCUCAUCAACAGAAAGAGGGCCAAGGUGGUCAAGUCCAGAAAGGCUGGUUGCAUUGCACACGAUCUGGGCUGGGGGCGUAUUUUGGGACUCAUCAACAAUGUGGAAAAUGCAGAACUAACGGGGCUAGGGGGGAGAGCCCCAGAUUGGAAGCACGAGGCAGCCAUCAAAUGCAGCAUCGUGCAUUCUGCGUGGGAUACUGCAUGCAGCAACCUCACUCACCACACGUUCAGAGGCGAGCCAGGCUGCAGUGCCCAGAUCCUCACUUGCUCCCAUCCCCUCACACCACUUGAUUCCUUGCCCCAAGGGAGAUCGCCAAUCGGCUAUUGAAACUGACAUUUGAUUAGACGAAAAAGUCCGCACCCACAGUCUAUUCGUGGGGUAAAAGUCCAGAAAUGGAGGGCAACAAAAGUGUGAUUUACCAAAAGGAAAUCGGGCACCAAUUAA